AUGUACUUUUGCUGAUAUCCUGAUUCCAAAAUGAACUCUCGGGUUAAAAGUGUACUUGACGGUUUUCCGGGCGCGUGCAACUCUUCUGUGAAGCUGAUGUCAAAACGCAAAUAAGCAACCUCUUAUCCGGACAGGGCUGGAUGGUGAAAGAGAAAAAGAAGAAACAACAAUCGCCGAGACAACGAAAUGCCGUUGGGUCGACUCGCAGAUAGAAAAGAAAAUUGCAAUUAAAGGAGAUUUAUCUGAAACCAGAAGAGUACAUUUCUUGAGUGAUUAAUUUUUGGUGUUAUUUACAGAUUAAUUUUUAAAAAAGCAAUCUCAGGUAGAAAUGCGUACAGCUGUAAAAAAGAAUGUGGACACUUUCUGGUUCUAAAGAUAAGAACUAUAAUUUGUUGAUUUUAUUGUCUGAAUAAUAUGUCUUAUUAAGGAUAGCAGGAACAGUGACGUGGUAGCCCUCAUGAUUAUUUCUGAAAGCUAAAAAACGGUUGAGUGUAUUAAUGUGUGCCAGUAUUUUAAAAACAUUUUUUCUCUUUUGAAAAUCAGUCUAGAGACGCAUACUCAUUGUCAUGCGCAGACGGAAUAAAAAGCAAGAUCGGGAGGCGAACCUGUAUAAUAUAUAUGACAACCUUUGCCAGUUCGGGUAUUUUCCGGGGCAAAACGACUCUUACCGAGUGUGCUUACCUCUGCUCGAAAUGACCUCAACGUCCGAGGGAAAGAAGGAGCAGCAAAAAUUCGCGUUGGCCAAACGCACUUGCGUGAGGUCCAGGUCGUACCCACAAGGACAUGGUGAACUUGACAGAAAAGAGGAAAAUACACCGAUUAUACCAUACUGGAAAGUUAAGCGACGCCUCCACGCAGUGUUUAAGCAACAUCGAAGUUUUGAUUCGUUAUUGCCUGACGAGUUCCGCAUUGUCCACCUCAAGGCGGAUGGAAUAAAUCAACAUACUGAGACUUCCAUUAUCCCGGCCAAGUACCUGGAGAGUAGUCUUUGCUUUCCAAAUUCUAUGGUGAGCAAGAACAAAUUAGACGACACUACCCAGUGGGAAAGUGACAGUUACGACCCUGCCCCUAGUCCUUUUCAACAGUUACAGCAAGUCUUCUCCAGUGACUGGGCGUUUGCUUCAGCACCACGGAGAGUACUGAAAACGAAUAUCCCCUUUGCCAAGAGAACAUCUUGCGAAGUGUUGUUUGGAGGAGGGGUUUUGAAUAGUUCAAAUAAAGAAAUUGUUUCCCCUUUUAACAAAAGUGUAAACAUUCAAGAUCAUGUAACAAAAGCUCUAGAGCCUAAUACAAGAACGGUUAGCAAUCAGUCAUCAUUUGCAACUCAAGUCAAGGUGAAAGUACCACAAAAAGGUGUCCCAGAAAAAGUCAGGAUUAAAACCAAAUGUGUGGAAGGUCGGCUUGAAAAAGAGAACUCGCCACAAACGGCUUCUGCAACCUGUAAAAAAAACUUUAAACAAGCAGUCACCCUUUUUGCUCUGCCUAAUGCAUUAGUAAAAAACGAGGACUCAGUGGAAAAAAGAAGAGAAUACACCUCAGCAUCAGUGUUGGAGCUGCAAAAAGCUGAUGACAGUAAAACGCUCGUGGAAUCAAACAAUGCAUCUCUACGCGGGGUAAAGGUAUGCCAUUUGUCUUCACAUAUUGGCAAGAUGCAACUCAAGCAUGGAUCAGCAAGAAUUAGAAACCAGAGAAAAAUAUUUUCUGAAUCGGGAAAAUCUUUCUCACUGGAAUCAACGACAGCCUCAAAGAUUGUCAAGUCGAAAACACCGACCCUGCGUCGUAGUCAUAGCACAGACAAUAAACAGCACCACGUACUCCCGCAGUUCCAAGCAUCUCUUCUUCUGGACGGAAACUAUUUAAUGGCGUCAGAUGAAGAAUUGACUCCCAGGGAUGAAAGAAAUUUUGGGCUGUGCAUUUAUGACCCAGUGGACAUUUCUUUGUGUUCCCAGCUGCCAGGUACUUCAGGCAUGAAAAAAUCAUUUGGCUCCGACACACCGAGCCAGCAUACAAGACCUGUACCAAAAGGUUUGCAAAGACAAAACAGUAUUUCAUAUCCUGACUUAAAAGCAGAUCUAAAUGAUCUUGGGAAAAACUGUCUUUGGAUGAACUCGAAUGAUGGCCAAAGCAAAGAGAUUGCUCACGGCGUAGUGGUAGAAUCUUCAGCACCAUUAUCGAAUACUGCUUCCAUCCAAGGAAACAGACGGGAGACCCUGCCGCUAAAAAGGCUGCAUUCCGGAUCAGAUUUAAAUGAGCGAGCGAAGAAGAGGCUUGAGGCAAUGAAAGAAAAAGAACGUAUACGGUGCCAGUCCUUGGUGAUUACGAACACACCUAACUGCAGAGCCUUCAACGUUUGCACAGAGGUGUCUGAAAACAUAAAUAAUUUUAGCCCAAGUGACAAUAUUGGGUACGUCUCUGAGUCGCAGUCGCACGAUGAGCAUGAAACUGUACAGGCCGCUGCUAUAACUCUACAAGUCAAAAAGCCAUUCAAAUCACAGUCAGACAUUCCUGAAAUUUCUGCUCAAGUGAGAGCACUUCACAGGUCUCUGUCUGUUAACAAAGCACUAAGUACAUAUGGUGAUGAAGCCAGUACGCAGCUGACAUAUAAUUCUUCGCUUCUAGCUCGGGGUCAGUCUGAGAAAGGAGUCCGUCAACUUUGGCAAGGACAGCUAUUGUCCGAAGGUGUCAUCCACACGGCGAGACACUUUAGGCCAUCAAAGGAAAAAUGCUUCAUAACAGCGCACAGUAUAAACAAGGCGCUGGAUUGGGGUAAAACGUCCUCUGGGGUGAGGGAAAAUGCCGACAAAAAUAAGAGUGACAACAGUAUUAUAACGAAUUGUAUGAACACACAUUCAGUUAUUACAUGUCAAGGCACAGGUGUCAGCACUCAAAAGAUGAAUCUCGUGACCCUGAGCUUAACUAUUGUUAAGAUAAAGUCAUGGAAAAGAAAAUGUCGGGAACGAAUACAUGCACAAAGCGAGGACACGCUUUGUUGUGAUCUCUCCGAGACUGAUGACAAAGAACAGUAUUCAGUUCAUGCAGUUGACAGCAGUAAGGGAUUAGAGUAUAGCCAAGAUCAGGCUGGAUCUUCUGCAUCUGAAAAUGAAAACAGCCUGCUCUUGAGCAGCUGCCACGUUGGAAUGUCACGGAAAAAAAUAAACGCAGUCUCUUACAAAAAUUCUGACAAAGAAAUGAUUAAAAUGAUAUGUUCCAAACCUUACGAUAGGACAAAGAGCAGCGUGUACACAGUGUGGAGGACCUACAGUAUCAUUCGGAGGUGGUCAGCCCGAGCACAGAAGUCGCACGUGACGAGAACGGAGACAGUAUGUGAAACACAUUCUGUGACUCAUGCCUCGCUUCCUGGUCCAAGGAUAGACGGAAGAACAGAUGACAACUUUACUGACGUACAUACACGAGAUAUUUUUUCCAACAACAUUUGCAGAGACGAUCCCCGGGGUCGUCAAAAUUUAGACUCAACGGUCUCUCAACACUGCAGUGGUGACAUAAUUGAUAGCAAAAUAAUUAUCCCAGCUAUGGAGAUCUUUCAAAAGAGCACAAAUGGCAGAGAAUUUGGUAACAUUGUAAAUGCUCCCGAAAAUGCAGAACGUAUGGACCAGGUAGUAGAAUCAUCUAGCAUUAUAACAACAGUGCUAACACACACUAACAAUGACGACGCUGAUAUGAUCGGACAGGUUACAGGGACUUCUGAAGUAGUUAAAACAGUGUCCUCACAACUAAUCGAUGUUGACAAAGAUGACGGAGUAGACUUUGUCGAUAACAACCUAUGUGUUAGUCCUAGUCACACUUCACCUGAGACCGCAAAACCGUGGAGUGAGCCUGAUCUACAAUCACAGCUUCUCAAUGAUACAUUCGACGUUCGCUCAAAGUCGUGUCGAUCUUCUCAAGGAAGUACCCUUAGUAAAAAAAUGAUAGAUGUAUCCCCAGUUGAAGACGAGGUUUUCUUUAGCUCCACUGUCUCUCUUCCUCUACCAGCAUCCCCAGUCGUGAAAAACCCUUCAGCAUGGCACAGCUUACAGCAAGCACAGCACUCAUACCAGCACACGGCUCACGAUGAUAAACAGCAAGACGCCAAAGAAAAAUUUUCCAGUGGGAACUGCCAUCUCUGGGAAGUACAAACGGCUGAAUUUUCAAAAUUUGAAGGUGGAAAUUCAGGUCAGUCUUAUGCCUUAGAGUUUGGAGGUAGUCUACCUUGUGCCACGGACAUAAAUACAGCAUCAGAUAUAGUGGACAAUGUAGAUGAGAAAACGGAAACAUCAGUAAAUGUCUUGGUUUCUGGAGUUGAAAGUGGAGCUUGUCAUGAAGAACAACUUUGGAACGAGAAACGAUGUUCUGUGUUGACCCAGGCAGAUGAGCAAACACAAGUUAAGUGGAAUACUUUUUCAACUGUAACUGACAGCAGACAAGUAGAUCACUCAAACAGCAACUUUGAGGAGCAUUCUCUGCAUCCAAACGAAGAAGAUGUACACAGCCAAAGCCUCGCGUACGCGCUUUAUAAAAAGGAUGGCCAAGAUGACAAGCACAUGUCCUUGUCAAAUGAACAGUUUCCAGACUGCAGUAUCUUUUUAACUGAUACAGAAAAAAUGUGUCCCUUAACGCUUUCGCCACUUGGCCACUCACUAACAUCCGCAACGGCUAAUGAUCUUGAUAUCCAUCCGAAUGUCACGGUACGAAGUUCCUCCGUAAGCAGCUGUGAUGUAGAGUUACUGGAUGCUGGUAGAGGACACUUGAGUUCCACAGACUUUCUAGACGAAAUGAGCGAUACACUUGGCAGGAGCAGCAAAGAUGAGGAUGCUCAAGAUAUUGAUACAUUAUCAGCCUCAGGUACGCUUAAAAGACAACGUUCUCCCUCCCUUCUUGCCAUGUUCUCCACUGACAGUCUCUUUUCGAGAGUGUCAGAUGGCAGCUCAGAACGAAAAUCAGCAAAAAGAGAAACCAGUUUGAAGGGUAGCGGGCCACGAAAAUCAAGGUCAUAUGGCCGUUUUCUCGAAGAAGAUGAGGACGAUGGCAUGAAGGAAUUACGAACUAAGACUAGGCACAGCAAAUUAAAACUAUCCCAGAGCAGUUUAUUGGAAGAAAGAGGUCGCGGGUUAGAUCUUGAAGAUAUAUCAGAGAACACGUUUGGGCCAUGCCGUGGUAUGGAUCAUUUCCAGAAGCCGAAAGGCUGUGAAGAUUUAGUAUCGCUAGAGAAUAAGACCCUUCUUAGUGCUAGGGUUAGGUCUGCUCGAGACUCACUCAAGGUUAGCCCUCCUCCUUGCGGGGGCAGUUGGCAGCGAGGGCCAACAGCAGAUGUCCAGAACACUGCAGAACCCUCAGACUUGAUCCCAAAGAACACAAAGAAACAGAAGAGCGCGGGCUAUGUCCCGAUGCAGCAUGACUGGUCCCCCCGAGCACUGCUCACGUCUCAGGUCGUCGUGGAGCAGCGGGAAGUAGAACAGGACCUAGGCUGGCCUGUGUCCAGUAGUGGGCUGAAGCUGACCUCGCGGACUUUCCUGCGAGAACGCCAGACUCACCACCGCCGAGGGGGAGCACGUCAAAGACAUAACAGCGACGGGAUGCCUCUACAGCGACAGCUCAGGGAUCUAUUCAGGACGUUCACUUGUUGCGGUCUGUGCAGGGAGGCGGAUUGA